UCGGUCUAACAAAACGGGUUUCGGUCUUUAGGGCUGAGCAGGAAGUGAAUGAAUGUGUACCCUUAACCAGAAAAAGGAGUGAAUGUACUAACGUUUAAAAUGGAAAUGGUGACAGAGAUGAGGUCGAAUAGGAUUUAUCGGGCACCGGGUGAAUCAGGUCACCAACAGACCCAGCGGUGGUUCCACAGCACAGACAUCACUGCUGACCACCAGAGCUGUCUGCUAAAACAGCUGGAUGAGCAGCGGCACCAGGAGCUCUUCUGUGACUGCAACAUCCUGGUGGAGGGUCAGCUCUACAGAGCCCAUCGCAAUGUCCUCUUCGCCAGCAGCGGCUACUUCCGGAUGCUUCUCUCCCAAGGCUCAGAGAGCGUUGACGGAGACCCCAUCAGCGCCUCCUUUGAUGUCUUCAGCCCCGACACCUUUACCGUCAUCCUGGACUUCAUCUACUCAGGCCACCUGGAUCUCUCCAGCCACAACGUCAUCGAAGUGAUGUCGGCCGCCAGCUACCUGCAGAUGAACAAUGUCAUCAGCUACUGCAAAGACUUCAUCAAGUCUUCUCUAGAGAUCAGCGCUAAGGAUGACGAUGAUCGUUACCUCAGUCUGUCAGAGACCAGCAGCUUCCCCCAGGAGGUCGGAGAGGAUGCAGUUGAGCAGCAGGCAGCCUGUUCCGGCAGCCCCCCGGCAGCCCUCUGGUCCCACGAUAGUUCAAGGUCCCAGGGGGUCUACCUUGUAAAGGAUCCAGACUUGGAGGUCCCGGACCUAAAGCAGGACCCUGGAAGUCCCAUUCACACCAAGCCCAGCCAGCAACAAUGCAGUGAUGCAGAGGGUCCCCACGACCCAGGUGAUCCCCUGUUCACGCUGCCUGUCCCAGGACGGAGGCGCAGGGGGGCAGCCAAGAGGAAGGCCUACGGCACUCGCUCAGCCACCCAGGAGGCCUUGGAGGUGGAGGAGGCUCGAUCACAGAAGGCAGAGAAGGCAGAGGAGCUGUAUGCUACGCUGCCCACAAUUCUGGGUGUUGUUGGACUCUUCAACAAAGACCUGAACCCCUCCAUGCGCUUCAAGUGCCCCUUCUGUACCCACACGGUAAAGAGGAAGGCAGACCUUAAGAGACAUUUGCGAUGUCACACAGGGGAGCGGCCUUACCCCUGUCAGGCCUGCAACAAACGCUUCACCCGCCUAGAACACCUGCGCAGCCACUAUGAGACGAUUCAUCAGGCUCGGAAGCUGGUUUGCAGGAAGUGCAAACGUCUGGUAACAGAGGACAGUGGACAGGUAGUGUGUGAGGGGACGCGGCGCUACCGCCUUUGUACUGAAUGUAUUCGGGAGACAACGGGCUGUGAGGACCUACCCAUGGAUAGCAUAGAUGGGACCAAUGAGGAGCCUGCUCUAUUGCUGGGCGUUGAUGGAGUGGAGGAGGGAGAGACUCAACGGUCCUGGCUGGUUGCUGACGAUGAUGACUUGGCAGAGGACUCGGGGGCUGACCUCAUCAUCCAGGAAGUGGAUGACAGCGAUGAGGAAUUACAGUGAAAAUGUUUGUGUGGAUGUAUCAAAGAAUAUAUUUGACUGUUUAUGCAAAAUGUAAGUAACAUUUAUUGUUGUAAAUGCCAAUGAUGUACUUACUAUAAUUACAUUUUAAAGGAUUGAAUUGAAAGAUUUUCUCAAGUUAUGUAAAACAACGUUGUUUUUACACUUUUGUUCAGUUUUAAUGUUAAGGACAUGCUUUUUCUGGGUGAAUGCAAGUUACAUGUUCAGAGCUCUCAAGUUUUAUAAAACGUUUGGAUUACCACACCUGUAUAUUAUGUUCUGCCAUUGGCAGUUUAUGGUCAUGCAUGUGUAUUAAGAAGAAUUAUGUUCAGCUUUAAAAAGUAAGUGACAAAAUUGAGUAUUGAUGACAAACUUAUUAAUGAGAUUAAUUAAUGAGAAAUCUGGGCUUUUUAAUUGUUGAAUUGCAUUGACACUUCCGUGUGCAGCAUUUUGUUUAAUUUAUUAUUAUGUUGUUUGUCCACAGUUGAUUGUGAACCAUGCUGAUUAUUAUGAUAAUUAAUUAUUUAUUACCUUUUGUACUUUUUUCCGCAUAAUAAAGAUAUUUAUAUAC